GGAGAGAGAAAGAUCGCGAAAUCUGAAAACGCGCCUCAGCAAUGCUGAGCGCUUCCCCUGCGCCGCCCCUGUCAUAAAUAUGGACCAGCACUGUGAGCUGAUGGACUUCUUACCAAAGGAUUAUCAGUACCAUGUAUGUAGGUACAAAGCUGUGAGCCAACCCGGCACUGACCAUAUCGGUUUUGAGGCCACAGUACGGAUGUCCCUUCAGUCUAAGGAGGCGAUCCUGGUGUGGCUGAAGUCCAUGGCAGUUACGUGGAGAGUGGCCUACACCAGGCCCACUAAAGGCCAGAAGAUCAUCUUCAAAGCAGACUACCGGUGCCAGCACAACACCAAGCCCAGGGAAAAAACACCAAAGGCUGGCAGGGUGUCCAAAAAUACAGAUUGCCCUGCUAAACUUAAAGUUACCCUUGUGCGCACUGAAGUCUACCGUGGGCAGCGGAGCAGAAGCACUGAUCCUCACAUACCGGACUACCCAACACUUGUGGAUAUCAGUAAUAUUCACAAUCACAACAUACAUGUGGCUGAUGCUGUGCGUCACCAGGAUGUGGGCAGCAAAGCUGUGGAGAAGCUCACGAAGUUGUUUGAUACUGGGCGCUCGCCAUCCUCAACACUUGAUAUGUUGAAGUAUGAUCUGCAAGUUCAGUGUGAGGAUGACUACAUCUACACCCCAGCAGACCGCGCCAUCUGUCCUGACCUACAGUUCUGCUAUAGGAUGCCGUUCCAUUUCUGUACCCAAUGUGGGACAAAACUGCAGCCUAAUUUCCGAUUCUGUCCAUCCUGUGGAGAGAAGCUUCCGUGUCCCGAGGAUGCUUCUGAACCAGCCGCUUCCGUGUCUGUAAAUGACUCCCCAAGCAAAAGUAAUGGAGCAGCUGCCGUAGUCGCUUCUGAGGAUACAGAAAGUCUUACCUGUACCUCUGUUGUGAUUUCUACCCGUCCUCCUCUGCGGAAGACUCGCAGCUCCCGUCGACAGGUCCAAGUAGAGGACUCCCCCAGUGGAGGUACUCCUCCACCCCUACCCUCUCUCGCCAAAGCUGCCACAAGUAAAGAUCAUUGUGUCGGUUCUGAUGCAUCUCCGCUUCGACCACGGAGAGUUUCUUUCCAGUUUAAAGGCGAAGAACAGCCAGCUCUGGAGUCCUCUUCACCUGUUUUAGGGUCCCCUCGACAAGUCAAGGGAAGGGCAAAGGGCUUGAAACGCGAUUGCGAGGGAAAGCAGGCGGUAGAUGGGAAGAAUCAAACUGAUGAAACAGACCCAAAGGAAGAGGAACUGGCAACUCCCUUGCCCACAUCCCAUGUUUCCUCUCCUGCCCCCAGGUCUCCUUUCAAAGUCAAUGCAAAGGUGAAGAAGACCAAGCGUGUGUCUGCCUUGAUGCCGCUCCAGGGAGGUGAGGAGGUGGUGGACACAGCUGGCAGGAAGUGGAAACUAGGAAAGCUGCAAAGUCAGAGCCCCACAGAGCUCGUCUAUGAAGUGUCGUCCCCCAGUUUCAAAGGCUCCCAACACAUCCUAAAACUGGGAGCUAAAGAUGGAAGGAUCUUCAAUGAGCAGAACUUCUUGCAAAGAGCUGCUAAAUCUUCAUCUGUGCAAAAGUGGAUUAAGUCCAACAAGAUGGAUGUUCUCGGGCUCCCCUCCUGCACUGGCUUUGGUCUCCAUGCAGAUGAAUACAGGUUUCUGAUUUUCCCCAACAUGGGCCAAACGCUCCAAUCCAUCAUGGAGGAGAGAGAGCAGCUCCUGACAGAGAAAACCGUCCUUCACCUCGCCUGUCGGACGUUAGACGUGCUGGAGUACAUCCAUUCAAAUGAGUAUGUUCACGGGAAUAUUGAAGCAGAAAACAUUUACAUCCAGCCGGGAGAGAAACCACAGAUAUUCCUUGUAGGGUACUGCCAUGCCUUCCGAUACUGUCCGGGUGGCAGCCAUGUAGAAUACCGUGAAGCCAGCCGAACACCCCAUGACGGCACUGUAGAAUUUCUUAGUCUGGACUCCCACAGAGGAGCAGGGCCAUCUCGACGCAGCGACCUGCAGUCUCUGGGUUUCUGUUUGCUGCGCUGGCUGACGGGACCACUGCCGUGGACCGCACUGACUGAUCCCGACGAGGUCACCGCCGAGAAACAGAGGUAUAUGAAGGAUGUCCCUGCAUUCUUGAGACACUGCUCUGGGAAGAAGAGGGUGCCCAGUCCACUGCAGGUCUACCUGACAAAGGUGAUGUCUCUGGACUACUCUGAACAGCCGGACUACGCAGCGCUGAGGGAGGCCUUCAGAACUGAGUUAAUGCAGCAGGGCGGCUCUCUGGAGAAACCGCUGGACUUAUAGAGUGCCACAAUGGGAAGAGAAUUGGAAGAUGGACAUGUAAUUUUUGACUAAUUUCACAGUAUUGUUUCUGAUCCAUGUUUUAUAGCACUGAAUUGGGAGUGUUUGUUCUAAUACACUCAGUACUUGUCUUUGGACUCAGUAGCAACCAAAUUAUGUUUGUGGACACAGCGAGUUCCCCUACGAGGACACCGUGACCACCAGAGAGAGUUUUACAAUUCAACGUGAUUCAUCAUCGUCAGCGAUGAAUGUCGUCACAUUUUUCUUAUGUUCUGGAUGUUUUAGGGUUUUUAAAUGAUAGUUUAUAUUCUACCAUUUUUUGAGGCUUAAAUGCUUUUUAUGAAUAAAUUUGACAUUUUUCAUUUCCACAUAGAAUGUAAGGGGGGGGGGGAAGUUCUCUGUAUAUUUGACUCUCCUGUCUGCCGUGCUUGACAGAUGGAAGAGACCUGCCUUAAUAGUAAUAAUUACAAACCCCCCCCCCCCCCCCGGGGGCCUGAUCCAUGUUAACAUGUGGUUUUGUGUGUCUUAAUAAAAUGGUUCUUUAAUCUUCCAGUAAAGUGCUUUUCUUUGUCCUUUAACCUCGAUAACCAAGACGCACCGAGUCCGACCCACCGUUUACUUUUCUUUUUUUGUGUGAUUUUUCCUUGUUUUUCCUCCACAAUUGUACCCAGUCCAUUGUAUCCCACUCUUCCGAGCUGUCCCGGUCGCUCCUCCACCCCCUCUGCCGAUCCGGGGAGGGCUACAGACUACCACAUGCCUCCUCCGAUACAUGUGGAGUC